AAAGAGCAAAAAGAAUGGUUAAAUGUUUUUUUCGGUAUUCAAACAGAAGACAGAUAAAAAUAUAUCUGUCUUUGUUGACUCUCUGCUCGGUAACUUUGUUUCUACCACGGCCAGCAUGGCUGACUUGUUCCCCAGAUUUAUUAACAGAAACCCCCCUCUCCGUAAUGGACUCGUCCAGCAAUACACCGGAACCUUUACGUUUUACGGUCAUAGACCCAGCCCAAAGAGGGGUGGCCAAGAUGUUUGAUAUAUACAAAGAAUCUCAGAUAGAAAUACAACAGUCGUUGACUGCCCUGAAGCUUUCCAGACAUGAUAUCGACGACCACGUCCCGGAAGUAGUUCCCAAGUUGAAGAUUCUCCCAUCAACCAUCCCGAAACUUCCGCCCCAUUUGUUGAGUAAAUAUUACUACGCGCAGCAGAAAGAAAAGUCAGAUGACAAGACGUAUAGGCUGAGGUACGUCCCGGAGUGUGUCCACUUUGACGGACCACGGCAGAUGACGUCACCAAAGAUUUGCAUCCACCCCCCGGAGAAUGACACGGUGAUCUCGAUGACCCUGAGGAAGUUGGGCCACUGGGAGAGGGAGCGCCUGGUAGAGAUGGAGUGGGCUUUACAGACAUACCCCGACAUGCAGUUGGUUGACCUGGGGUGUAACAUCGGAGUCUACACCGUGUACGCCGCGGGGAUGGGCAGACACGUCAUCGCUGUGGACGCCCUGCUCGCCAACCUCCAACUCUUGCAGACGACACUGACGCUCAACGACAUCGAAAACAAAAACUAUGUCGUAAAAGGGAACUCCUCGGAUAUGUAUUUAAGUAACGAUGUCCUUAAUGCUAAUCUAGUCGCUAAAAUAACAAAUAAAUCUACUAACAAUUAUGUAAAAUAUAGUGAAAAUAGUUACCGAAAUCUCCAAAAGAGUAAAAGUAAUUACACAAAUCUACAAAACAACAGCGCUAGAAACCGAAAUAUUCAAAAUGGCAGUAGUAGUUUUACAAAUGCAUCACAUAGAGACAAUGGUAAGGGGAGAUUAAAAGUGGAAUACCGGGAUAAACGUGAAAUUAAUACUGUGGUACAAGGUAUUCAAAAUGGCGAGGUUCCCGUUAAAAUUCAGAAGGCAUUUAAGAAAUCGAAACGAAGAAAAAGACGAGUUUCCCGGAAAUUGCUUCAAACAAACACUUUAAAAAGCGAAAAAGAUAUUUCAAAUCACAAUGUUAAUUUCUCGAAUAAUUCGGCGAAUCCAAAGUUUGUUGAUCGCAAAUUAACGAAAACAUCCUUAAAAUAUGUAGAGAAGGGUGAUAACUCAAAGUUAAACUCGAAUUCAGAGACUUUAAGCAUCUCGCAACUAGUAACAAUCGUCAACAACGCCAUGUACAGCGACAGAACCUCGCGAUUAAGUGUUUACAUCAACCCAAACGGAAACAUAGGAGGCUCGGAAGUUCUCUCUAUCGACUCACCAAAACUACAGGAGCAGAAAGACGCCAUGGGGCUUUUCCUAGUCGACACAAUAUGCCUGGACGACUUACUGCCCCUUGUGAAAGCGCCCAGCGUUUAUCUCAAGAUGGAUAUCGAGGGCUCGGAGCCCAAGGCGUUGGAGUGUGCUCAGAAGUUUUUCGAGACGGUUCACGUGCGAUUUGUUUUGAUGGAGUGGCUGUUCCAGCUCCGUGCCGAUCAAAACACGGAGACCACGGCCUUAUUCCUGAUCCGGUUCAUGUCGGCUAAAGGUUUCAUCCCGACAACCGGCAUCCGGCAAAGUGGGCAAGAGGGAGAAGAAGCCGGUAAAAGUUUCACGGUUCUAGAGUUCAGCUCGUGGGACAGAUGGCCGGAGCUGAUCUUGUGGAUUGAGAGGUGA